CAAACAUCUGUUUCAUGGUUUCAUAAGACUGUAUUCUUUGAUCCUUCGCGCAUCCUAACUAAGCUCGUUAAUCUCUCUGGCCCCAAACGAAAAGUUUUCUACUUUUCAUAUUAUUGCUCUUCCUUUGCAAGCCAACUCUAUAGUGUUGCAACCUUACUGUUGCCUCAGACCGAAGUUUUCCUCCCGUGCGCAGUCUUGCUUUCUGCGUAACCGGCUAAAGUUUGAUUUUUUACGUGCGACUCAUUCAUCAAGGUUUUCUAGUCUUGUUCCUGUUCCGUUCCUGGUGCAAUUACGCUCUGAGCAACUCACGUCACCAACUUUGCGUCUAAAACCACCUUCUUUCGACUUCCACGUCUUUUUGACAAAGUGGCUAGUCUAUUAAUCCAUCUCUUCAAAAUCAUCUGUGUUUCCAGUAACACGCAACGUCCAUGUCUAGUUACGCUCUGAAGGACAAGAAUCCUUCAAAGAAGAGCGCCUUCGUCGAGAAGCUCUUCCUGAUGCUCUCAGAGCCGUCCCUCGCCAGCGUCAUCUGGUGGACACGAGGCGACACUGAGGGCACGUUUGCACUAUUACCCGGUGGUGAGUUCUCCAACUGCCUCACAAACUACUUCAAACACGGAAACAUCUCCUCCUUCGUCAGACAGCUCCACAUGUACGGUUUCCACAAGGUCAGCGACUCACAAACUCCGUCCAACGACAACUACGACCCCAGCUCCAACGCGCCACGGCCAGACCAGCCGGUCUGGGAGUUCAAACACUCGUCGGGAAGGUUUAAGAAAGGCGAUGAGGAGUCGUUGAAGUAUAUCAAACGUCGCACGUCCACCAAUAACAACGCGUACGACCUCGACAAGGACUCCAAAUAUGCUCGGCUGGGUUUCGCAUAUACCCGCGAGCAUCCGCAAGAGUAUGUACCGCAGUACUACGUGUAUCCGCAGGGAUACUAUCCGGGGGCACCUCCGCUCCAGCAGGCCCAGGCUCCCGGCUACUUCGUCUCGACCCUGGAGUUUCCUGUACACCAUCCUGAACACCACGUGUAUUCCGCGUACGACAAUGAGCGCCCGCACCCGCAGUUCCGCUCGCUCUCAGCACCGUCCCAGUCGUACUUCCAGUACUCACAGUAUCCACCGCAGUAUCCGCAACCGUACUCGUCGGCAUAUCUGCAGCCAUACUCACAGCUCCAACCCCACCCUGCCCACCACCCAGCUCCUCACCAACCCUAUCCCGCUCCUCAAGCCUCUCACCAAAACCCCCAGAAGUCCCACCUUCCACAUUACUCGCAACCACCCGCCCCUUAUAACAGAACGCCAUCGCCUUCAGCGGGAAACCCAGCAGAGGUGCUGUUUUUCGGUAACUCGAGACGCAGAUACCCAUCUGUGCUACUCGAUCCGUUGGCACCUUCGCCUGUCGAAUAUGCCCCAAAGAAUGUGUUGCAGAAAAGUACUUCUGCACUUUCGUUGAUUCAAAAGUCGUUCUCGCAGCUCCAGCCACCAACGGAAAGACCAGAUGCCGCUGAAAUACCAGUAGGGCAACCUGCUUUGGUGCGGCAGCCAACAUCGUUGCCUACAGCUAUUGAGAAACGGCUUGCGGUACCCAGCGAUCUGCGAACAUCGUUGCCGCAUAUUGAGGAGCUCCGUUCGCAGUUCAGACCGUCGAUAAUUGCCUUGCAUGCGGCACCGCCCUCGCUUUCAGGGUCCAGCGUAAGCACGACGGCGAAUUCCUCCAUCUUCUCGAAGUCAUCAAUUUCAUCUAUCGCAUCUCUCAACGCGCAUCCGCCUAGUUAUGACAACAAAAGUUCAAUCUCAACCUUGUUGAACUCCUCUGGAAAUGGAAGCGAAAAUUCUGUUGCCACCCUUUCAGGCGAGCUGUGUGACUCGCCUGAACCGGUAGGGCGAAAACGAUCGCUUUCAGAUGGAGAAGAGGGGCGUCCGGCAAAGCUUUUGAACCCGAAGCUAGCUAGUGGAGAUGAAGAAGCAGAAAAAAUGUCUGUCACUUCGUUGAUGUCAGCACCAGUGGUGAUACAACUGAAAGAUGUAUAGGGAAAUAUGAAUUAUCUGAUUAUUUUGAUCCGUUAUGACCUUGUAGUUCAUUUAUUAUAUAUAUAUAUAUAUAUAUAAUACGACUUUUUCUUUGACCAGAAUGUGCAAAUAUAUACCCUAACAGAGUCCUGUACCGGAA